UCAGCCUGCCUCGUAUCGCCAUCUUGCCGGUCUUGUCUCCUCUUGUUUUUUUCCGACUACGUUUUUACUACGCGGCGGCCGGUGCGAGCGGCGGGGACAUCACCAUCGCCGGCAGCAUCACCAUCGCCGGCGGGGCAGCGCGGGGCCGCCUUCCCCGACCCCGCACCGCGCCUCUACCCGCCCGGGGCUCCUCGGCGGCGGCGGCUCUCGGGGCUCACCCCCGGGCCGGCGCUUAUGCAAGGGCGCUUCCUCGGCCCUUCUCUGUGGGCGAGCGGGGCCGGAGAGCGGGUCAGCACGGAGAGGGGGCGCGGAGAAGAGCGGCCGAGAGCCCAGAAGUAAGAAGGCGGAGAGGAGGAGGCGGAGGAGGAGGCGGAGGAGGCGGCGGUGGCGGCUGGGAGGGGGGAAAGAGCAGCGAGCAAAACAACCGCCGCCAGAAGAAAGAGGGUGGGGGGAGAUGUCAAACGUCCGUAUUUCUAAUGGGAGCCCUACCCUGGAGCGCAUGGAAGCCAGGCAGUCAGAGUACCCGAAGCCGUCUGCGUGCAGGAACCUCUUCGGGCCGGUGAACCACGAAGAACUAAACAGGGACUUGAUGAAACACCGCCAGGAGAUGGAGGAGGCAUGCCAGAGGAAGUGGAAUUUCGAUUUCCAGAAUCACAAGCCACUGGAAGGCAGGUACGAGUGGCAAGCCGUGGAGAAGGGGAGCUCGCCCGACUUCUACUUCAGACCGCCGAGGCUACUGAAAGCUGCCUGCAAGUCCGCUGGCCGCCAGAGCUUGGAUGUAAACGGGAAUUGCCAAACCAUGGUUUUUGUCGGCUCUCAGGGAAUCUCAGAGGACACUCACUGUGUAGAUCAAAAGACUGAUGUUUCUGAAAAUCAGACGGACUUUGCAGAGCAGUGCACUGGGCAGAGGAAAAGACCUGCUACCGAUGAUUCCUGUCCUCAAAAUAAAAGGGCCAACACAACAGAAGAAGAGGUUUCAGAAGACUCCCCCAGUGCCAGUUCAGUGGAGCAAACACCCAAGAAAUCAAGCCCAAGACGACAACAAACGUAAACUGUUUAGAGCGGAGGAUGUGCGUUGUGUCCUCGUUCCUCGGGUGCGGCGGGGGGCGAUGAAGCGAGGAAGAUGUAAAGUUGUAGUGGAGACUAAAAUACAUAUCGGCCGAUCUCCGGGGGAUGGAGGUCCUGUACAAGCACUGAAAACAAAACAACAAACCAACAACAGCAGCAAAACAAAACACACACAAAAAAUAACGUCAAGAAGAAGAAAGCAAAACAAUAACACUAAGGUUUUCUAGGCACUCUGUAAAGACCUGCCUCUAAAAGCAUUGGAUGUAGCAUUGUGCAAUUAGGUGUUUCCUUAUUUGCUUCAUUGUACUACCUGUGUAUAUAGUUUUUACCUUAUGUAGCACAUAAACCUUGUUGGGAGGGGGGGGGAGGGAGUGGAAGAGGGUGACCGUUUGGAACUUGCUUUCACAAUCUAGCAAGGAAAGAAACGUAUGAAGAGAAGCAGUGUAGGGUUUUUAUUACUUAAAGAUGUAUUGUCCCUUUAAGUGGGUCGUCUCGUCUUUUUCGUCUUUCUUUCCCUUUUUUUCUCGGUUGUUUUUUUACCGUCCCAUGGUGGCAACCCUGCUCAGAGCAGAUUAUUGCUGUCUGCUCGUGAAAAUUUUUCCCACUUCGCUGAGAUGAAAAGGUGGGGCCGUGAUGAUUCCAUUAUGCGCUUGGGCCCACCCUAUCCCCAUCUCAAGUCCCAUGCAGCAAAUUCGAAUCCCUGUAGAAGUGUAAAUUCAUCCCAUUUGCAUUGCCCGGGUUGCUGACUUGUUUGUGUUUGUUUGUUUGUGAGGAGGUUUUUGUUGUUUGUUUUAUUAGUACUUUUUUUUUUUUUUAACCUAAUCUG